AUGCAUCCGUCCCUGUCCCUGAGCCUGGAUGCAGCGCUGCAGGGAGGGGUCCCAGGGGGUCCCGAUCUCUACACAUUUGUGACGUCUGCUGCUGGUCACAUGAUGCGGACGCUCCAAAAACCACGCAAGAACCGUCCAACCAAACGCCAGGUCAACCACCGCCGCUUCCUCCACAACAUGAUCCAGAGGAAGUUUGCAGACAUAGAAGCUGGAAACCAUCGCCUGGCCUCUGCCUUGUACUUCAAUGUGGACCAAAAGAUGCCGGACUCCCCGGAACCAGCCCCAGACGCUUUAGAGAAGGAACAAGACCUCACUGACUCACUCAACUCUCCGAUGGAAAAGAAAAUGCAUCAACCAACAUCAAAACCUAAAAAUGUUCACGGAUGCCUCCUCUUCGUCCCUAAAUAA